CUCGUGCCAGUGGCUGCCCAGAAUCCUCAGCUGCCAAGUGGUCCAAGUUCAGGUUCUCUGCCUGCCCAGGAUCCACGUCCUGUGCCUUUCCAGAGUCUUCCACAAUUACAGGAUCAAAGCACAGGCUUUGGGCCUGCCUAUUAUCCUAGCCUCGUGCCAGUGCCUGCCCAGAAUCCUCAGCUGCCAAGUGGUCCAAGCACUGGUCCAGCAUCCGGCAUGAGCCCUGACCUGACAAGUAGUCCAAGUGAUGUGCUCUUGACUUCACCUCAGGCCUCGCUUUGGAGUCUAGGUCAGACUUCUGCUCAGUCUCCAGGACUGUCUUCUGCUCAAGCACCUAAUCCCAUGCUGUAUCCAGAUCCUCUGAAGCCCCCCCAAUUGCAAGUCCAUUUACCCACUGAACCCUUAAAGAAGUUACUGUGGCGGUUUCCCAAAGCUCCAGAAAGGCCUAAGCAAUUUCCGGUGCAGUUUAACUUGCGGCAGCCUACCCCAGUCAACAGUGUGGCUGCUGCAUGUGGGGAGAGUAUGGUGCAUGUGGAGGUGAAGCAAGAUUUCUUUGGAAAUGGUAUGCUCGUAAACCCUAGUUCUCUGACGCUUGGAGGCUGUGCAGCAUCAGGACUGGACUCUGCAGCCCGAGUGCUCAUCUUUAACUCUGAACUCCAGGCUUGUGGUAGUGUACUAACGAUGACGGAAGAUUACCUUAUCUACAGCUUUCACCUCCUCUACCGCUCUGAACCUCUGGUUGGUACUUCAAUUGUCCGAACAGGAAGAGUCAAUGUUCAGAUUGAUUGUCACUACUCAAGGAAGCACAAUGUGAGCAGUAUUGCUGUGUCCCCUACAUGGGUGCCGUAUUCCUCUACAGUGGCAGCGGAAGAGCAUUUGGUCUUCACCAUGAAGCUCAUGACUGAUGACUGGCAGUAUGAGAGACCAUCGAAUCAAUACUUCCUUGGCGAGGUCAUGAAGAUUGAGGCAUCUUUGACACAGUUUAACCAUGUACCUCUCCGUGUAUUUGUGGACCACUGUGUGGCAACUGCAGUUCCUGACAUUAAUGCUGUUCCCAGAUACACAUUUAUUGAGAACCAUGGAUGCUUGGUUGAUGCCAAGAUAACGGGCUCCAACUCUGAAUUUAUGAAACGGGUUCAAGAUGAUAAGCUGCAGUUUCAGUUGGAAGUGUUCAGAUUUGAACAAACCAACAGUAGUAUGCUGUACAUCACAUGUUUCCUGAAAGCCUCUACAACUUUACGGAAGACUGAUGCUGAACACAAGGCUUGCUCCUUUGAGACCAAUGGGUGGGCUGCUGCAGAUGGUAAUGACCAGGAUUGUAACUGUUGUGAUGGAGAAUGUGUCUCCAGGAAGGCGAGAAGUGUGCCCACUGAUGAAGAUCAGUAUUUUGAAACGGAAGUCUCUUUGGGCCCCAUCUUGGUUGAGGAUGACCACUUGUUGCAAUGAGUCAAUAGUGUUUCUUAAAAUUUUUAUAAAUAAAUAUGGGGAAAUUUGAA